UGUCAUUGAAGAACAGAGGGCACAGAUUAGUCUAAGAGUUCCUCAGCUAGCCUGCUGAAACACUCUGCUGUUCGCUCACCAUCCAUCCACCAGACUCUCAGGAACCAGGGUGCCCACCAUGGAGAACGUGGCAGUAUUUGACUCACCUGGGAAGGGGAGGGGUUUGAAGGCUACAAAGGAGUUCUGGGCUGGAGAUGUCAUUUUCUCAGAGGCCAGUAUUUCAGCAGUUGUGUUUGACAGUCUAACAGAACGCAUUUGCCACAGCUGUUUCCGCAGACAAGACAAACUCCAGAGGUGCGGCCAGUGCAAAUUUGCUCAUUAUUGCGACCGUACCUGCCAGCGUGCUGGCUGGGCUGAACACAAGCAAGAAUGCAGCGCCAUCAAAGCUUAUGGCAGUGUACCAAAUGAGAACAUCCGGCUGGUGGCUCGCAUCAUGUGGCGAGUGGACAAGGAUGGCAGCUUGUUGUCUGACACGCAGCUGACCACGCUGGAGGAGCUGGAGGACCACAUCGCUGACAUGCAGGAGGACGAGCUGAAGGAGUUCAAAGUGGACAUCCACAACUUCCUGGACUACUGGCCCCGUACCAGCAAGCAGCACACAAUCGACGACAUCUCACAUGUGUUUGGAGUGAUCAACUGUAACGGCUUCACUGUCAGCGACCAGAGGGGCCUCCAGGCCGUGGGAGUUGGUCUUUUUCCAAAUCUGUGCCUAGUGAACCACGACUGCUGGCCCAACUGCACAGUAAUCCUCAACCACGGCAAUCAAUCGGCUGUGAAUACUUUGUUUCAUUCUCAACGGAGGAUUGAGCUGCGUUCUUUAGGUAAGAUCGCAGAAGGAGAGGAGCUGACGGUGUCCUACGUGGACUACAUGAAUCUGUCAGAGGAGCGACAACGACUGCUGAAAACGCAAUACUUCUUCGACUGCACAUGCGAGCACUGCAAGAACCGGAUCAAAGAUGACAUAAAGUUGGGGGGAAAGGUUGAGGAUGGAGUUAAGCCUUCAGAAGAACAGGUGAAAGAGGCGACAGAUUACUGCUUUCAGAUGCUGGAGAAGAUGGACCAGGCUCGAUUAAAAGGCGACUACCACGAGGUGGUAAAAAUCUGCAGGGAUGCGAUUGAGAAGACGGAACCAAUUUUGGCUGACACUCACAUCUACCUGCUGAGGAUGUGGAGCACGAUGAGUGAGGUUCAAGCUUACCUGCAGUACUUUGAUGAGGCUGCAGAAUACGCCCGCAAAAUGGUGGACGGAUACAUGAAGUUGUACCACUCAAACAACGCUGCUCUCGGUAUGGCUGCCAUGCGAGCAGGAGUGACCCACUGGCAGGCCGGGCAGAUAGAGGUCGGACACGGUAUGAUCUGCAAGGCCUACGCCAUCCUCAUGGUCACCCACGGUCCAACGCAUCCCAUCACCAAGGACCUGGAGGCGAUGCGAAUGCAGACAGAGAUGGAACUGAGGAUGUUCAAACAGAACGAGUACGUUUACCACAGUAUGAGAGAGGCGGCCCUGAAGAACAAACCGAUGACCAUGAUGCAUGAACCAAAAUCUAUGGAGGAGGGAAUCAAGAACCUCUUCCACCGGAGGAAGUAAUCAUGGGACUGCAGUCAGGAGAAGAGUCAUCCUAUUGUUUACUGCCAACAGCUUUCUGAGUGUCUGUGUGAGAAUCUAUGCAUUUAGUCAUGUUUUCUGUAUCACUCGCAUUUUGUAGUUACUCUUUUCAUUAAAAUAUUGUCUCGCAA